AUGUCGAUUAGACCUAAUGUGCUCCGCUCUCUAAUUGGGAUUCUCGGAGAUAUGUGUGCGUUAGCUUUGUUUGUUUCUCAUAUACCUACUUCAUAUUGCGAAAAGCUUGUCAAGAGAAAAAGAAAAGCAACGGAUGAAUCUGAUGAGAAUUCAUGGAGUUGCACUUCUUCCCACUUAGUUUCGUUAUUCCGUUUCGCACUUUGGAUUCUGUAUGGUUUACCAUUCAUUACCAAUGGAAGUUAUCUGUUCGUCAUAAGCAUGGCAACUGGUGGUUUCCUUAUGGAACUCACUUACAUCAUCGUAUAUCUCGUCUACGCUGACAAGAAACAGAGAUUUUAUGUGUAUAUAGUUUUGAUGGGUGAAAUUAUUGCAUACGCUGGUUUUGUGAUUGGUCUCCCCGUCGGUGGUCUCCCACAAGCUUUUAUUGCAGUUUGGAAGAAAAUCAUCCCUUUGUUUUCUGGAAGGCAAUGGGUGUUGCCUGCUACGUGCAUUUACCUCUUUAGUGGAAGAAUCGAAUAA